AUGGCAGAUGCUCCGGACAUUUAUUUUUCCGAACAGGUGCGCAUCAUACGAGAGGAUUAUUCCAAGAAAAGAGACUCAACCAAUCUUUUCUCAUUAACUGGGCAAAAACUAAUCGACCUACACAAAGAGAUCAUGGGUACUAUACUCUAUUUCAUUUUCUGGUAUGAGAAGGGUACCGACGCAUAUCAAUAUGUCCGGCUGGCCGCCAUUGCCGGCACACUCUCUGGAGAAAUCUUGCGUCUAAACCAAACGCUACCUGAGCAACAUGGUCAUCAUGAAAUCUCCGGCGACCAGAUUCGUCCUCUCAAGCAGGCUCCUACACCUCCUCCAGAGGAGCCAGAUGACUCGGAGGAUGUCAGUCAAAUUCUCAAGCUGCUUCCUGUUGUUCAAGUCGAUGACGACAAACAUUUCACGAAGCAGAGUAGAUAUGAGAGAAAGUACGAAACCUACUCAAGUUUGCUCGGGAAGUUGCCAGAUGGAAAGCUUGUCUUUGAGAAGUUCAAACCACGGUAUCUUGUUCUUGGACAAGUUCACGCCCUAUCUACCUACCUAGCCUGGAUCCUGCAGCUGAUAUCUGGGCUCAAGUCCCUUUACCUACUUGACAUUGUGCAUUGCGACCUGCGUAUUGACAACCUUGUGUUUUCUCACGACUAUUCCAAGAUUGUUAUUAUUGACGCUCCUGAGGUAUCACGUGACCCUAAUGUGGUUCCUGAAUGGACUGAGAAGUCUGAUAUCUAUGAUUUAGGUGACGUUAUUCGGCACAUGGUACUUGGGAAUGCUCCGAUCACAGACCGGGCUGAGAUCCCUGUUCCUUCACCUUUGAAUAGCAUUGUGGAAGCUUGCACAAAUCCUUCGCCGGAGAAACAACCCAGUCUAGAUGAACUACACUAA